CUUGCCCGAGCCCCAUGGCCUGGAUGGACGAGGGGGGCGGGAGGGAGGGAGGGAGGGAGGGAGGGAGGGAGGGAGGGAGGGAGGAGGGAGGGAGGGAGGGAGGGAGGGAGGGAGGGAGGGAGGGAGGGAGGGAGGGAGGGAGGGAGGGAGGGAGGGAGGGAGGGAGGGAGGGAGGGAGGGAGGGAGGGAGGAGGGAGGGAGGGAGGGAGGGAGGAGGGAGGGAGGGAGGGGAGGGAGGGAGGGAGGGAGGGAGGGGAGGGAGGGAGGGAGGGAGGGAGGGAGGGAGGAGGGAGGGAGGGAGGGAGGGAGGGAGGGAGGGAGGGAGGGGACAGAGGAAGGGCGGGAGGGGACGGGAGGGGUCUCUCACCCCCUGAAACUAAUGCACUUUGCGACGAGC